UCUGCCUUCAAUUUAGUUGUGUUGCAGAUCUCAGUCCGUUUCAUCCUGUCCCUGGCGGAGUCUGUUCGCCACAUUUUUUAGCCCAGUAUUUUGCUUUUGUGAUACAUAUUUUAUCAACAACACCGUAGUACCACCGACACCUUUAUAGGAUCACUUUUUUAGUGUCCUCACUCUCUCUCUCUCCUAGUUCUUCUUAUUGUUCUGCACUCCGUGAGAUUAAGGGAUCCCAGAAAUAGACUUCCUCCACCAUGGAAGUGGACAUGGAUCAGACGGGCAACAAAGUGGAGGAUGCCGAGGAAGCCAAACCUUUCCACCGAUUGCUAGCCUCCUCCCCCAUAAAAGCGUUUCGACAGGCGACAGACGGGACGAGGAUGGGCAAGAAGUUUAAAGCCCCCACGGCCGAGGGCUGUGCAAAAUGUCUCCGAACCAACUUGCUGACCUUGUUGACGGUGGCGGGCGUGUUGUCGGGGGUCGCCCUGGGCUUCAUCCUCCGAGGAUCUCGGGAUGAGAAGUGGUCCCAAAGAGAGCAAGUUUACGUAAAGUUUGCUGGUGAUAUUUUUCUCCGGAUGUUGAAGGCCUUGAUUCUUCCCCUCAUCGUGUCCUCACUAAUCUCCGCCAUCGGAUCACUGGACUUGACCCUGUCUGGGAAAAUUGGUGUCCGGGCGUUAGCAUACUACAUGUUCACCACGCUUUGCGCCGUCGUACUGGGAAUCAUCCUCGUCGUGGCGAUCCAUCCUGGAAAAGUGAGCGCAGAUCCGCUCGCCUCCGAAAGCAAGGCGCGCGAGGUCACCACAGCGGAUACUCUGAUGGAUUUGAUACGGAACAUGUUUCCGCCAAACUUGGUCCAAGCUGCGUCAUAUCAAUAUCAAACCGUUCUGGAACCUCCAACUCCAGCUCAACUUGCGGCAGCAGAGGCAAUUGGAAAAAACAUCACCGUUACGGAUUACCUUAUGAAGUCCAAGUACACGGAAGGAACUAACAUCAUGGGUCUGGUCGUAUUUUCCACCGUUCUUGGAAUCACUUUGGGAAAAAUGGGUGCAGCUGGGAAGCCACUGCUUGAUUUCUUCACCAGUCUCUCCGGCGCCAUGAUGAUCAUUACAAACUGGGUCGUAUGGUUGUCACCGGUCGGAGUCUGUUUCUUGAUUGCGGCCCAAUUACUGGAAGCCGACGACAUAGGGCACAUAUUGGAAAAACUGGGAAUGUACUUCAUGACCGUGCUGUUGGGAUUGUUCAUCCACGGUUUCGUCGUUCUGCCCUUCCUCUACGGCCUGGUCACCCGCAAGAUGCCAUUCCAGUUCAUCAUGAACAUGACACAGGCUCUUGCCACGGCAUUUGGAACGGCGUCAAGCUCAGCCACACUUCCAAUCACGAUUGGUUGUCUGGAAGACAAGAACGGAGUGGACCCCAGAGUUUCGAGAUUUGUUCUUCCCAUCGGAGCCACCAUCAAUAUGGACGGUACGGCAUUGUACGAGGCAGUGGCUGCUAUUUUCAUUUCACAAAUGGCCAACGUACCCCUUAGUUUGGGAAACAUUAUUGCCAUCAGUAUAACGGCAACUGCGGCAAGUAUUGGAGCAGCCGGCAUACCUCAGGCCGGAUUGGUUACGAUGGUCAUGGUUUUGAACACGGUGGGACUAAAUGCGGACUACGUAGCGUACAUUAUUCCCGUGGAUUGGCUACUGGACCGUUUCCGGACAACGAUCAAUGUACUUGGAGACUCUCUUGGUGCGGGUCUCGUCGACGUUCUCAGUAAAGCUGAGCUGGAUAGCAUGCCGGCAACAAAUGAGCUCGGCUUGGGUGCUGGGAAGCGUAAAAACACGGCAACUUCUGAAGACGUCGAGUGCCAUACAACACCAAUUUAAAAAAUAAGGAAACAUAAAAUCAAGAAAUAUACGAGUGUUUAUAAGGUGUAAAAACUGCACUGUAAAAUAAUUAAUCAUGAUGGUGCACAAAAAAGCUUUAUUUAUGGGAGUUGUGAUUAUAUAACCUCUGAAAUUAUUCAAAACAUGAAAUGAUGAAUCAUAAUAUACUCAAAACACAAGAUUUUAAUAAUGCAAUCUCAAAGUGUUGGAGUGAGAAAAAUACAACAUUUUGAAAAUACGAAGCAGCUCUCUUUCUAUAAUUUUGUAAAUUUCAACCUAGAUUUUAAAUACCGUACAGUGAAUCAUUUAUAGCGGAACGGUCAGUUAUUACUAUUAUUACUAUACAUAAAUUGUACAUAAUAUGCUUUUAUGCAAAUAAUAAUAAUUGCGUGGUUUAUUGGUUCGGAUGGCGAUGGAUUUCACUCUUUUGUGAAAUUCACUCAAUGGAUCUUGCCCUCAGUUUGCAUUAUUCCGAUUACGUUUGCAACGAUUUUUAUGAGAUGAUGACUUGACCAUUUGUAAUUAUUAUUCAUAAUUAGUUACUGCUAUUUGAUGUGUCCUCACGUAAUCUAAAUUGUUCAUUCUAACAAAAUUAUCUAUAAAUGUUGGUGCAUGCAAUUGAAAAACUUUUAGUAAAUUUGUUCACGCGCAUGUGUGCAUGCUGAAUAUGCAAAUUCAUGUAAUGUAGCGUCGUUUUAAUACACAAUAAUUUAAAUUUCGUCCACCUUUUUAGUUUUGGAAUUUGUAAUAGUUGUAAUUUUAAUGCUGCACAUUUCAAGAGGUGCAUACUUAAUAUUGCAAUUCUGAUAUGUAUUUGUAAGUAGUACGUAAUACGUGUAAUUGAGCCAGGAAUAAUCAUUUUUUGUGUUUUAUUUAAUAUUUUUAGCCGAACCAGCUAUAUAACAGAUCUGAGAUUGAAUGAAGCUUUAAUCAAAUUAUUGUGAGGUGACAAGAAUAUUGUGCGAGGAUAUAACUGUGUAAAAAAUAUGCGUUGUUGUUGUGAGCUAAAAAAUCUUAAAUAUAGUGGACCUGUGGAUAUAUUACUAUUUGUAUCCUACAAAAUCUUUUGGUUAAAAUAAAGACCCUAAUUUUAUAAUAAAGAUUGUUCUCGUGUUCAAUAAAAAAUAUCAUGCAUUUUUCGAA